AUGAGGUUUCUUACCUGGACCGUUGCCCUCCUCUCUGCGGCCUGUGUUCAGGCCAACGAAUGGCACGCGUACUACCGCCUGACCAGCGAUGCCUAUCAAGCCAAAUUCAAUGACCUUGUCGGCCAGGGCUGCCGUCUGAAUUCCGUCAGUGGCUACGAACGCAGCGGCCAGGCCAAUUACGCCGUCAUCUUUGAGAAGAAAUCGUCCGCUGCCUGGAAAUCGCACCAUGGCCUCACCUCCGAUGCCUACCAGAAGAAAUUCGACGAGUAUCGCAGCCAGGGAUACCGCGUCGUGCAGGUCAACGGCUAUACCGUCAAGGGCAAGGACUAUUACGCGGCCAUUUGGGACAAAUCGCCCUCCGCCGGCUGGAUCACACGCCAUGGCAUGUCCGCCGACGGUAUGCAACAGUACUUUGACGACUAUCUCAAACAGGGCUACAGACUCACCCACGUGAGUGGCUACGAGCUCAAGGGAGAAGAACGGUUUGCGGCCAUCUGGGAGAAGACGAGCGACAAGAUCGCCUGGCAGUCGUACGCCAAUCUCACCUCUGCCGAGUACCAGUCACGAUUUGACAAGUACGUGAAGCAAGGAUACCGCCUCGUCGAUGUGGAUGGAUACCAGGUGGAUGAUCAUGUUUACUAUGCGGCCAUUUGGGACAAGUCGCCCUCCGGAGCUUGGGUUGCUCGCCACGGAUUGGAUUCGCCGUCUUUUCAAGCUGCCUUUGACAAGUACAAGAAGGAGGGUUAUGUUCUUCGGGCUUUUAGUGGAUACAAUGCUGGGAAGGAAGAUCGCUAUGCUGGUCUCUGGGUGAAGCCUUAG